AUGGAUCCUUAUCAAAGAGCCCAGGAUGUCUUACAAUGUCAGUUAUGCGACAACUGUAUCCCUGCAAUGUACUGUGAAAAUUGUCACAAAUACCUCUGUAAAGCAUGUUUGAGUCAGCAUAUCUACGAUGAACCAAAACAGCACAAAGUGCUGCCAUUUGAUAAGCGUGAUUCUACUCUUUCUUACCCUAAAUGUCCCAAGCAUUCAAUAAAAGAGUGUGGAUUUUUCUGUCGACACUGUGACAUUCCUGUUUGCGAUCAGUGCAUUUCUUUACAACACAAUGUUCAUGACGUAGUAGACAUUUUUGAAAACUUUAAAAGCAAAAAAGCAGUUUUACGAAAGGAUUUUCUGGAACUGGAGAAAUCAUCUUGCCCUGACUAUCAAAAAAUGCUAUCUGACAUUCCGACUGAGAAAGCUGAACUGCAUGCAAACUUCCAAAAAUUAGGAAAAGCACUUGACAAACAAGGAGAAAAAUUGCAUAGAGAAAUUGAUAUCAUUGUAGAGAAACUUAAAUUUAAUCUUGAUCAAAUGGAAACCAAACAACUGGCUAAAUUAACUAUGCACGAAGAGGAGAUUCAGCGCUUGAUAUCUAAAGUCACACAGGCUAUAAGUUAUGUGAAGGAUCUACUCAACUGCAAUGAUGUAUGCCUUGUUUCUUUAUAUAAAUCAAAGAAUGAAGAACUUAGAAGCAUUCCGUCAAAACCCAAAGUUCUCUUACCACACUUCAUGCCCGAAAAGAUUAACCAUGAGCAGCUAUCUAAACAAUUUGGUGUAUUGUCAGCACCAUUCAUGGAAACAGAAGAAAAUACCGUAGAUUAUCUAAUGCCCGUUACUUUUCCUGCAGAACGACUGCCAAACAAUGAAGCACUGAUUAUCACAUCAGUUAGCACUGAUUAUGGAGUCCCUAAUGGACUACACAGUGUGUCUAGUUUUAAUGAUGAGGAAUUCUGGACGUGUGGUCAGGACAGUAUAAUGAGGCUCUACAAUCUCCAAGGUAAACUGCUGAAUUCUAUCAAGACCACGUCAAAGAACGACCCAUGUGACAUAGCACUGACGGCUUUUGGAGAUUUAGUUUACACCGAUGGCAGUAAUUGUACAGUUAACAUAAUAACAGACACAAGGAUACAGGGUAUUACCAUAUGUCAGGGGUGGAGGCCAAGCAAUAUCUGUAGCACCUCUUCUGGUGACCUCCUAGUCAUCAUGAAUAGAAUAGAUGAUGAACAAACAAAGUUAGUACGAUUCUCGGGCUCCAAAGAAAUACAAAGUAUUCAGUACAAUGACAAAGGUCAAUCUUUCUAUUCCUCUGGUUGUUACAACACUAAAUACAUCACUGAAAAUAGAAACCUCGAUAUAUGUGUCGCUGACUGGAAAGCUGGUGCCGUCGUUGUGGUCGAUCGAUUCGGAAAGCACAGAUUUACCUACACUGGUCCUACAAGUAGUGUCAGCGAGGAACCAAUGGAUCCACGCGGCAUUGCUACAGACAGCCUUUGUCAGAUUCUAGCAGCAGAUUGUGGAAACCAUCUUAUCCACAUCCUUGAUCAGGAUGGCCAGUUCCUUCGCUAUAUUGACAGCUGCGAUCUAGACUACCCGUGGGGUUUAUGUGUGGACUCAAAUGACAAUCUUUUUGUGGCUGAAUGGGGCACGGGUAAAGUGAAAAUAAUCCAGUAUUACCCUUGAAAUUUGUUGAUAUCAUAUGAUCAAACUUACUACAACUGAAAUGUCAACAAGAUGUUAGAGGACUAUCUUACUAGUAUAUACUGAAAGUUA